GAGAGAUGAUAGACAUCUAAACGCACACACAUUUCCAGAUGUCUUCCGAAGUCCAGUGAAGUUGCUGCUUAGUCACAAAAGCCUCAGCCAGGAGGAGGAUUUUUGGUGCUGCAUCUCAUUGGUUGACCAAGUAGUAGUAGUUUUUUUUCUUGUGUAGUUUCAGUAGUUGCAGAACAGAUAUAUGAAUACCAUGGAGACACAAGCGAAGCCUGUUCUUUAUGGAUACUAUAGGAGUUCUUGCUCUUGGAGAGUCCGGAUAGCGUUUGCGUUGAAAGGCAUUGAAUAUGAGCAGAAACCAGUAAAUCUCAUCAAGGAUGGCGGGCAACAGCUCACAGAUCAGUUUAAGGCAAUAAAUCCAAUGAAGCAAGUCCCUGCAGUCACCAUCGAUGGCAUCACCUUGUCUCAGUCGUUGGCCAUUAUCCAGUACAUCGAGGAAACUCGGCCACAGCCCCGCCUCCUGCCUGCAGACCCAAAACAGCGAGCUCACGUCCGCAUCAUUUGUGACAUCAUCGCAUCAGGGAUCCAGCCCCUCCAGAAUCUGUACGUGAUUCAGAAGAUUGGAGCAGAGAAGGUACAGUGGGCUCAACAUUUCAUCAACCGAGGAUUCGAGGCUCUGGAGCCUAUCCUGAAGCAGACAGCAGGAAAAUACUGUGUGGGGGAUGAGAUAUCCAUGGCAGAUAUUUGUCUUGUGCCUCAAGUCUACAACGCUGAAAGGUUCAAGGUGGAUAUGUCCCAGUUCCCUACUAUCAGACGAUUGAACCAGACCUUAAUCGAGAUCGAUGCUUUCGAAGUCAGUCAUCCAUCACAUCAACCUGAUACGCCUGAUGAUUUGUAGGCAUAACUUUCUAAUGAUCCAUAAUGAAAUCAAUAAAUCGCUUUGAUGAACA